UUCAGGAGGCGAGGAGACGUUUAAAUGUGCGUGCACUUGCUGAUUGUUUUGCACUUUCUGACACGAGAACUGUACUGUGGGGACUUGUCUCUUAAAAAAAAAAAUCAUACCGCUGUUUCCGCUUUCUUUUGGCGGUGGAUCUACAGCGCAUCACCAGCAAACUCUUAACAGCGACAGAGGAUGUUUGAAAAAGCGACAAAGAAGCUGGUCCAACAGAUAGAUCCGAAGGGUGCUCUGAUUGCGGCUUCCAGCCUAAAUAAUUCCAAAAAACUAAAGCCUCUUGCGGUGGUGCAGAAAAUCCAGAAAGGCUGGUUCUGGCAGCAAACUAAAUACAAACCCACAGAAUUCAAACUCAAUGACCUGCUGGAAGGGGAUCCAAUUAAACCAGUGUGUGAGGAGGAAGAGUUUGUAAAGUUUGAGGGAGAGUACAAAAACUCUGCAGCUGGAACUGUAGAGGUGGGAUGUUCUGCUGUCUGCCUAAAUGCGAAUGGACAGGGCAAAUCAAAACUUUGUUUAUCCCUCGGGACACUUAAGAAGGAAGCUGUGGAUAUUCCCAAACUUGUGAAGCUCACAAGAGGAAGGAAGCUGGACCUCACAGGCUCUUUUUUCAAGAAGCUCCCCCAAAAAAACAAGACUUUAACCCUCCUUAAAGAGCGAAUUUUAACCACCAGUGACUGCUUUAUCUCCUACAUCGAACUGGAGAAGGCCGGCUGCCGUGCUGCGAUUGGUUGUACUGAGAUGCACAUGAAAGACAGUGGUAAAUUUCAAUAUGGCUCUAAGACUGCAUUUCACAUCCCACCGAAGACUGUGAUGGCUUACAGUGUCAUUGAAAUGACCAUCGAAAGUGACGGCUACUUUGAUUUGUGCGUUGGACCCAGUGGGGUGGAAUCAGAUGAUAUUUCCCAGAAUCCCUUUCCCACUUUCUCAGAGGUGGACGGUCAAUGGCCACUUAUCCAGAAAGGUUUCCCACUUACUACUCUAAAAAAAGCUCUUGCAGUUGUUCAGGCUAGAUUUUGUGCACUGGCUGACUUGUCUGCUGAAAGCCGUUCCUCCGUCCUGCUCCUGUUGAGGAAAAUUCUGACGGACCGAUCUGUCUUGUCAGCUUUGGUGGAUAGACUUGAGGUGUUAAGCAGCGGUGAAGCUCCCUGCUUCUUAACCAGCGAGUUGUCUGAAGAACAGAGUCAGAACAUCAGUGCAUUUUUAGACUUACUGAAGUGUGACCAACUAGACAAGACGUCAUCAACGUCAUUGUCAAGUUAUAAUGGAUGUCAGAUAUCAACAACCAAUCACAGCGAUCCUUCCUUGGCAUCUGAGUUAAAUGGAUCAAGCUCCACACCAGAAGAACGGAAUGGAUGUCACACAGCCGUAUCCCAUGAGAAUGGAUGCUCAACAAAAGCAAGCAGGAAGAACAUGGAGCUCAUGUAUGCCAUGCAAAUGCUGAUGAACGCUCUUGAUGAGCUGAUGGACGCUGGACUGGACCUGCUAGAGCCGUUCUGCACUUCUGAAGGUCUCCAAAGUCUACAGGAUUUAGUAAUUCAUCUGACUACAAGCGAUAUGCCUCUCUGCAAGGACACCAUCCCUGUUUUCCUCCAAAGUGACAAUGACUUCCACAGAGUGGAGGAACUUUUUCAGUCAUGCAAUGUUUUACUAAGGAAAGAGAAUGACAUGUUGACCUCAAAAAUAACCUGUAGAGAGGGAUUCCUCCCUAUGGUUCUGUGCAUUGCCAUCCAUGGCCUUGCAUCCUUUGUUGCUGCGUGCUGAAAUAGGCAGUUAAAGUGUGUUAAAGUCAUGUUUUCCAAGUUACUAAGCCAUAUUAGUUAAUGCAGAAAUUACUUGCUUUAGUUGUAAUGUUCCUAUGUGCAGACAUUUAAUUGCUUCUGAAUAUUUUUUGCACUAAUUUUAUCUUUGUUAAUUCCGUAAUAGUAAUCAGUCUAAUAGUAAUACAUCUCAAACGAGGUGCUUUUACUGGUAGAUUUUAA